AAAGCGAUAACGAGGGAGGUCACGCAUUCCUCGCAGUUGGAACACUUUUGCGGUUGGCGGUUGAGAAACGAGCUUCGUUGUUCAAUGGUUUAAAGGACACCCACUCUAUAUCACAAUGUUUGACAGCAGAAGGAGGGGAUCAGCCUUUGAAUUCAUUCCUGGAACAACCGCCUGCCAUCAAAUAUGGCUACCAAAGACACAUCUCAUCUUCAAGAUAAUCAUAAUGGUUCUGUUGCUAUCACCGAAACUUUCUUUGUCGGCGACGUCCGUUUUUUACUAUAACGCCUUUUUAGAUAUAACGUACACACAGAAAACAUCCAACGAGACAGUAUCUUUUAGGAUUGAAGGUCGAUUUGGAUACACGCUGAAGUCUGCAAGGUUGAAGGUUGGGGCAGCGAGUGGUGUCGUCGUCCACGUAAAAACAGUUUCAGGCAAACAACAUGGGUGUGAUGACUACAGUGUGACAAUUCCCCAGGUGAAAUGGAUCGCAUUGAUUGCUCGUGGAGAAUGCAAGUUUUCAAAGAAGAUCAGCAAUGCUAUGAGAUAUAAUGCUUCUGCGGUCGUUGUCUACGAUAUGAAGAAUGUCAAGACGCCUUUGCAUAUCAUGAAACACGAUGUUGAAGGGAUCGUCGCCAUUUCAAUUCCCUACAGCGAGGGUAAAAGAAUAGCUGACCUCCUUGACAAGGGUUUCAAUUUGACCAUGCAAAUCACUGUCGGUGCAAAGGCAAUCAAGACAGUCAACACUUUUAGUUACACAAACAAGAAGAACCCUGCUUUGCCAGUGAUGAUCUAUUUCGUGGGCCUCAUAAUCCCCCUUGCUCUGUGUGCAGUCUUCUGCUUUAUCGGGUGGUUCGACUAUGCUCGUAUGAAGGAACGAUCGCGACCUGCAGUUACCCAGUGAUGAACAAAGAGUCUAAACUGGCUCUCAAGUAGAGACUGGGGGGUAUCACGCACCAGAUGACAAGCUACUACAACUGGAGUAUUAUGUAAUUCAAUCACGUGGCGCCACAUGCCACUGAUUAAAAGCGUAGGUUCAUUGGUGUUAGAGUAUUUCAUCACUGACCAAUGGCGGUGAUUCUAGCGGUCUGUGAUCCAGAGACGACGUUCUAUGGCACAGCGAUGGGGACAUUCUUGGAGACACUGGUUGCCUGCUUCAGGGCAAUCAGGAAAGGAACAUUGUUCGCUGUGGGGGUUCCCUCAGUCUCUCUGAGGCCCGUGAAGAUCCGGGAUAGAAUAAGUCUUCAGCAACCCAUCCUUGCCCUAGAAGGCGACUAUGCUUGUCGUAAGAGGCGACUAACGGGAUCGGGUGGUCAGGC